CGGUCACAUCUGAAAGCUCAUGCGUGAGCUAAUCUGACUGGUGACCCCCGCACAAUGUGGAGACCAAAUAUAGAUUAUUGUUGUUCAAAUUGUAGCAGAGACUUGUCUUUAAAAGUAGAAAAGAGACAAAAUCUUCCUGUUCGGGGAGGAGACUUCGAACAUCUUUCACAUCAUGGUAAUUGAUUCCCGAUUUCUAAUUUCAGAUGUCUCAUUUUAACCAACUAUUCACUGGGAAUUGUCUGAAACCUUUCAAGUGCUCAAUCUGUAGUAAAUCAUUCACCAAGAAAUCGCAUCUAGACGCGCAUCUCAGGUCCCAUACUGGGGAAAAACCAUUCAAGUGCAGGUUCUGUGGGCGUGGCUUCACUCAGAAGGGCCACGCUAACAUACAUGAGAGGAUUCAUACAGGAGAGAAACCAUAUGAUUGUAAAAUAUCUCGGUAUUGCCGGCCUCCUGGUUUGCAUGCAGGGUGGAGCUCACCACUGAAGCCUCUGACAUGUCCUUACUGUAACAAGUCCUUCCAGUUGAAAAGUUCCCUCAAAAUUCAUCUUCGGAUGCACGCUGGUGAAAAAAUAUUCAGCUGUUCGUAUUGUGGCAAGGGCUUUGCUACGAAAGGAAACUUGAAAACUCAUGAGCGUAUUCAUACAGGAGAAAAACCAUAUAAGUGUUCGUUCUGUGGUAAAGCCUUCAGUAGGAAGCAGCAUGUUGAAACUCAUGAGCGUAUUCACACAGGAGAGAAACCAUACGAAUGUCCUGUUUGUAAGAAGAGAUUUUCUGAUAUUUCGGGGUUGAGGCAGCAUAAAACGGUUCAUUUGAAUGUUCAGAGCACAUAGUAUAGUUUGAAGGAAGUUUUGAGGCGUUUUUCGUUCUGCUCAUUGGACUCAGCAGAUAGGAGGGAGAUAGAAAAUUGGCCCUAGUGCCAAUUUUCUUGACCUUCCCCCUUCCAAAAGCUGUGAAGGAAACACGUGAGGAAUUCAUAUUCCCCUCUAUCCUUCGAGUUCCAUAUCUAGGUCUCUCUGUGACUUCUUCAUUUCUUUCUGACAGAGAUGUCAAAUUUCCGAUUUUAGACACAUUAUAUAGCCUCUUCCUCUUACUUAAUGGUACACUUGAGAGCUGGAGUAUAAAGAUCUCUGUUGCAACUCCCUGCGGAUCUUUGAAUUUUCUAAAUUGGACCAAAAAUAAGCAUUUCAGAGGGGGUUUUGUGCUAGUGAGUGCUGGUCAUAUCAAUGUUCUUAUAACUUUUGCUGUACGACAGGUUUGAGAAACUCAAUUUUCAGAAUCUGCUGAAGUUGUGUUAGUUGAUAGUGAUGGAAAGCAUUCGUCAUCCCUAAAUGGAUUUCCCAUAGUUUACUUGCAGGUUUCUCUGAACAGCAGGACAGGUUCGAUUGAAGUUGAAUCCCAUGAAAGUUCUAAUACUGUGCAUGUGAUAAGCCCUUUAUCUCUAAAGGUUGUCUGGAAAAUCAUGUUUCGGAUCCACCCUGGCGAAAACUUUAGUUGUUCUGACUGUGGCCAGGGUU